GCAGUCCAUAUACUAUCUCGUCCACGCAAUUCAUUCCCAUGCAAUUGCAGACCUCCAGAUGCGAGGAUGCCUGCAGUUAGCCAGGUGGCUGCGCGCAGCACCGAAAUGUCCUGCUGCAAGCCUUCUCAAGCCGCCGUCCGGCCUUGCUAAUCCAGCCCGGUUUUUCACGACUUCCGCCGCAUGCUGGGCAUCGCGCGGCAGGGCACCGGCCAGCCAGCCAGCCUCCGACCUUGAAUCAAGAAUCGCAGCUAUCCCGAUCGACCGAUACCGUAACUUUUGCAUUGUCGCCCACGUCGACCAUGGCAAAAGUACCCUCUCCGAUCGGCUGUUGGAACUUACCGGAACGAUCCAGCCUGGUAUGAACAAGCAGGUCCUGGACAAGCUUGACGUCGAGCGUGAACGGGGUAUCACGGUGAAGGCACAGACAUGUACAAUGAUUUACAACCAUAAUGGCGAGGACUAUCUGUUGCAUCUGGUGGAUACACCGGGGCAUGUGGACUUCCGUGCGGAGGUUUCGCGCAGUUAUGCCAGCUGCGGAGGAGCGUUGCUGCUAGUCGAUGCCAGUCAAGGUAUCCAGGCUCAGACAGUUGCCAACUUCUACCUCGCGUUCUCUCAGGGCCUGGAGCUGAUUCCCGUCAUCAACAAGGUGGACCUGCCGUCCGCUGACCCGGACCGUGCUCUUAACCAAAUGGAACAGUCCUUUGAGCUUGACACGGAAAGUGCAGUAUUGGUAUCAGCCAAGACCGGUCUAAAUGUACAUCAAUUACUCCCUACUGUGGUUGAGAAGAUUCCGGCACCGGUGGGAGAUGUCAACAAUCCCCUACGGAUGCUUCUCGUUGAUUCCUGGUAUGAUUCGUACCGAGGUGUCAUCUGCUUGGUCCGCGUUUUCGAUGGUGAAGUCCGGGCAGGAGACCAGCUUGUGUCGUUCGCGACUGGAAUCAAAUACUUCGUGGGUGAGGUCGGAAUCAUGUAUCCCAAUGAGACUGCCCAGUCGGUCCUUCGCGCUGGCCAGGUCGGCUACAUCUUCUUCAACCCGGGUAUGAAGCGAAGCAAGGAAGCCAAGAUCGGUGACACCUACACGAAGGUUGGGUUUGAAAAGGUCGUCGAGCCGCUUCCGGGCUUCGAAGAGCCCAAGGCAAUGGUUUUCGUGGCCGCCUAUCCCGUGGACGCGGAUCACUUUGAGCACUUGGAAGAUAGUAUCAACCAGCUUUGCCUGAACGACCGGAGUAUUACUGUGCAAAAGGAAUCGUCUCAUGCUCUUGGAGCAGGUUUCCGGUUAGGCUUCUUGGGAACACUGCAUUGCUCUGUCUUUGAGGACCGUCUGCGCCAGGAGCACGGUGCCAGUAUAAUCAUUACUCCUCCUUCCGUUCCCGUGAAACUCAUCUGGAAAGACGGCAGGGAAGAGAUUAUCUCCAAUCCCGCCAAAUUCCCGGAGGAUGAAGAGCUGCGCGGCAAGAUAUCCGAAAUUCAGGAGCCUUAUGUCGUCGCUACUUUGACCCUCCCCGAUGAGUAUCUCGGAAAGGUCAUCGAGCUCUGCGAAUCCAACCGAGGCGUGCAGAAGAGCCUUGAGUACUUCACUUCGACUCAAGUCAUUCUCAAGUAUGAACUGCCCCUUGCGCAGCUGGUCGACGACUUCUUCGGAAAGCUCAAGGGCUCUACUAAGGGCUACGCCACCCUUGACUACGAGGAAUCCGCGUGGCAAACAAGCAACAUCGUCAAGUUACAACUUCUGGUGAACAAGGCGCCAGUAGAUGCGGUCGCAAGGCUCGUGCAUUACAGCCAAGUGGAGCGACUGGGCAGACAAUGGGUGACCAAGUUCAAGCAGCACGUUGACCGACAGCUCUUCGAGAUCGUCAUCCAAGCAGCUGUUGGCCGCAAGGUUGUGGCGCGUGAGACUGUCAAGCCGUACCGGAAGGAUGUCCUCGCGAAGCUGCAUGCCAGUGAUGUCAGUCGGCGCAGGAAGCUGUUGGAGAAGCAGAAGGAGGGACGUAAGAAGCUGCGGGCGGUUGGAAAUGUGUCAGUGUCGCCUUGCCAUGAUCAUCAUCUGACAACGGCGAUGCAGCCUCCAGAAGGUGUGCAGGUCGACCUGGGCAAGGCCCAGGUCAUUGACCGCGUUCCCAAAGUUAUCAAGGAGUUGAAGUUUGGUGUUCUGUCCAACGAUGACAUUGUCAGCCAAGGUGUGGUGGAAGUUUCGGAUCGCAAGUUCUUCGACCUCGAUCAUGAUCGAGCGGUGGUAGCCAAUGGCCCUCUUGAUGCGCGCAUGGGUAUCUCCAACAAGACCUCAUCAUGUCAGACUUGUGGUGGCGCUCUGCAGGUUUGCAAUGGACAUUUCGGUCACGUCCGGCUCGUGUUGCCAGCUUUUCACGUCGGAUACUUCAAGCGAGUCAUCACCAUCCUACAGGAAGUUUGCAAAGAAUGUUCGCGCAUUCUGCUCCCCGAAGCCGAUCGCCGUGCCUACCUUCGUGAAAUGCGUCGUCCUGGGUUGGAUAAUUUGCGGCGCGGCCAGAUUGCGAAGCGGAUCAACGAGCGGUGUCGCAAGACACGCAACUGCGAGGCCUGUGGUGCGGUUAACGGUGUGGUGAAGAAAGCUGGAACGAGCGCCCUCAAAAUCACUCACGACAAAUUCCGUGCAUUCAACGCCUCAACUUCCGUUAAGAAAGUUCCGCCGCCUAGCAAGAUUGUUUUCGACCGGUCAUUCGACGAAGCCAGAACGUCCAACGCGGAGGUUGAGAAACAUUACAAGAAGGCCCAGGAUGAUAUGAACGCUCUCCGCGUGCUGAACCUGUUCAAGAAGAUUUCCGAUACCGAUUGUGAGCUGUUGGGACUGAACCCGAAGGAAGCAAGGCCGGAGAUGUUCCUCUGGCAGUUCAUUCCCGCUCCUCCGGUGUGUAUUCGUCCUUCCGUCGGUCAGGAUGCGGCGUCCACCGAGGAUGAUUUGACAGCCAAGCUGGGUGACAUCGUCCAAAGCAAUAUCAACCUGAAGAACGCAUUGUUGAAGGGUGCACCGGUACAGACAAUCAUGGAGUGCUGGGACUACAUGCAGCUACAGAUUGCCGUGUAUAUCAACAGCGAUGUGCCGGGUCUGAACAAGGCAGACCUUGGAAAGCCCAUUCGUGGUUUUGUGCAGCGUUUGAAGGGUAAGCAGGGUCGAUUCCGUGGUAACUUGUCCGGAAAGCGUGUGGAUUUCUCAGGCCGUACUGUCAUUUCCCCCGAUCCUAACCUGCGGGUCGACGAGGUUGCGGUCCCUGAGUUGGUGGCCAAGAACAUGACCUAUCCCGAAGUUGUUACUCGGUACAAUAAAGAGAAGCUACAGCAGAGAGUCCGAAACGGCACGAAGAAGUGGCCGGGUGCAAACUACAUUAUGAAGAAAGGCCAGACAUUCAAACUCUUCCUUAAGUAUGGUAACCUGAACAUGAUUGCCGAUCAACUGCAGGAGGGCGAUGUUAUUGAACGUCACAUUGAGGACGGUGAUAUUGUUCUUUUCAACCGGCAGCCCUCUUUGCACAAGCUCAGUAUUCUGUCUCAUUUUGCCAAAGUCCGUCCUCACCGGACCUUCCGAUUGAACGAGUGUGUUUGUAACCCUUACAACGCGGAUUUCGACGGAGACGAGAUGAACCUGCACGUGCCUCAGACGGAGGAGGCGAGAGCCGAAGCGAUGGAACUGAUGGGAGUCAAGAACAACUUGGCCACGCCCAAGAACGGAGAGCCGAUCAUUUCUGCCAUUCAGGAUUUCAUUAGUGCCGCAUACAUUCUCAGUAGCAAGGACAACUUCUUCGACCGCCGCUCGUUCACCCAGAUUUGCUUGUACAUGCUGGGUUCGCAAACACGCUUCGACCUCCCCCCUCCUGCUGUGCUUAAGCCUCAGAUGUUGUGGACCGGAAAGCAGGUUUUCAACAUUCUCAUGCGGCCGAACAAGGAUGACCCUGUUUUGGUCAACCUGGAUGCUGCCUGCAGAGAGUUCAAGGCUCCCAAGGAUGGUACACCACGCGAUCUAGACCCGAAGGAUGCCUGGCUCGUCAUCCGAAACUCUGAGGUGAUGUGUGGUGUGAUGGAUAAGUCCACCAUUGGUUCCGGAAAGAAAGACAACGUCUUCUAUAUUAUGCUGAGAGAUUACGGACCGGUGGCAGCUGCUGAGGGUAUGAACCGCUUGUCCAGGCUCUCAGCCCGCUGGUUCACGAACAUGGGAUUCUCGAUCGGUAUUACCGACGUAUAUCCUAGCGAAAAGCUCUUACGUUCAAAGCAUAACCUCGUCGAAACGGCCUACGCACAGUGUGACGAAGUCAUUGCCAAGUACAAGGCAGGCACGCUGGAGAAGUAUCCUGGUUGUGACGAGUUGCAGACCAUGGAGAACCAAUUGUCCGGUAUUCUCAGUAAGGUCCGUCAGCAGGCAGGUGACGAGUGUAUUGCCCAACUGAGCAAGUACAACUCGCCCCUAAUCAUGGCCACGUCUGGAUCCAAGGGUUCCAGUAUCAACGUGUCCCAGAUGGUUGCCCUGGUCGGACAGCAGAUUAUUGGUGGUCAGCGUGUGCAGGACGGCUUCCAGGACCGUACCCUGCCGCACUUCCCCAAGAACGCUCGCCAGCCCCCGUCCAAGGGUUUCGUCCGGAACAGUUUCUUCUCCGGACUCGAGCCCACGGAGUUCAUCUUCCACGCCAUGUCCGGUCGUGAAGGUCUGGUCGAUACGGCUGUCAAGACUGCCGAGACGGGUUACAUGUCUCGUCGGUUGAUGAAGUCGCUUGAAGAUCUCUCGACCAGAUAUGAUGAUACCGUGCGUAACUCGUCGGCGGCCAUUGUCCAGUUCCAGUAUGGUGAUGAUAAGCUUGAUCCCUUGGAUAUGGAGGGUAAGGCCAAGCCUGUCCACUUCGACCGGACUUUCAUUCACGCCGAAUCCACGACUUACAAGAACGACGAGCGGAGUUUGCUUCCGGCUGAGAUUAUGGAGAUCUGCGAAGAGAUGCUUUCGAAGGAGCGCUCCAAGCUGGUGCGGAAGGAUCUGAUGGGCAACGAGCUCGGCUACAUGGAUCGGUCUGACCAUGGUAUCGAUCAAUUCGAGAGUGCUCGCGACUUCCUCGAGUCAAUCCAGCAAUACGUCGCUACGAAGGCAGACAAGCUGAUUUCCCGCGGUGGUGACAUCGAUCCCAACGACGAGAGAAGUCAGAAGGGUCUCAACCACACCGGCAAGCUGACCGAGCGGACACUCCGCACUUUCAUCUCCUCGUGUUUGAUGAAGUACAAGAAGGCCCAGGUCGAAGCUGGCCACGCCGUUGGUGCAGUUGGUGCACAGUCCAUUGGUGAACCUGGUACGCAGAUGACGCUGAAGACUUUCCACUUUGCUGGUGUCGCCGGUAUGAGUAUCACGCAAGGUGUACCCCGUAUUAAGGAAAUUAUCAACGCGUCGAAGGAGAUCAGUACGCCUGUCGUUGCUUGCGAGCUCGUCACAAAGGACAAUAUCAUCGCGGCGCGGAUCGUCAAGGGACGUAUCGAGAAGACCUACUUGCGAGACAUUAUCCACUAUGUCCGUGAGACAUGGACGGGCAAGGAAGCCUAUAUCACGGUGAAGAUCAACUGGAAGACCAUCCAAGACUUGGCGCUGGAGCUGAAGAUCGAGAACAUCUUGUCGGCGAUCAAGAACCACAAGCGGUUCAAGGCGGACGAUCUGAAGUUCCGCUGCUCACGGUCCCACAUCCACGUCUACAUGGACGUGGACCCGUCCACCAAGGCCAACCUGUCCAAGACGGAGAUCGCCCAUACCAGUGCCGAUCCUUUCCUCCGUCUGAAGCACCUGAAGCGCAUGCUUCCCGACAUCCAAGUCCUGGGUCACCCCCAGGCCUUCCGUGCCAUCAUCCGAACCGAUGAGACGUCUACCACCAACACGCUUCUGGUAGAAGGCUACGGUCUCCGGGAGUGUAUGACGACGAUGGGUGUGGACGGACUGCGCACGUCAACCAACAACGUGAUGGAGAUGCGGGACGUUCUCGGUAUCGAGGCAGCGCGGACGACCAUCGUGCAGGAAAUCAGCGAGGUCAUGAAGGACAUGGACAUUGAUCCACGACACAUGCAGCUGCUGGCCGAUGUCAUGACCUACAAGGGUGAAGUGCUGGGUAUCACGCGAUUCGGUCUCGCGAAGAUGCGUGACUCCGUGCUGCAGCUGGCGUCGUUCGAAAAGACGGCAGACCAUCUGUUCGACGCUGGUGGCGCGGGUCGCAGCGAUCUCAUCGAAGGUGUGUCCGAGUGUAUUAUUAUGGGCAAGACGGUGUCGCUGGGAACGGGAGCGAUGGAGGUGGUGCGCAAGAUGAACUUCUUCGAGGGGCAGAUCGGGGCACGCAAGACAACGUUUGAAGAUACAUGGAGCGAGGUGUACGAGGCGCCAUUGGAGAGAGCCAAGGCAGCUCGCCGCAAGCGAUCAUGAUAUACAUAAAAAAAAGAAACACACUCGAUAACGAGGACUUGUAAAAGGGACGGGUUUAAAAGCAUACCAGGC